CAGGAUUCUCUGCUCGAGACAGCUCGAGAUACUCUUCACGCGCCGCAGCUCUCGUUUGUUGUCGGCUGCGUCGUCAUUUUCAUCAUCACCAUCAUCGACAGAAUUAAUAGCUAGGAGUGUAACAACGGCGUCAGCCAGUUGGUCGACCUGGACGGCGACGGUGAUCUAGUUGAAAGAAGGAUAGGCAGCCAGAGGAGCAGCAGCAGCACCCGCUGCGCUAAUGCCGCUAACGUUCAUCAUCGUGGUCCUCGUCUACGCACGUGUACGGCCAGACGCGCUGCGUCUGGCUACAGUCUGGCUGAGUCUGGUUGCGUCAUGCUACCACCUGUAUGUAGAACGUGUGUGCGCACACGCUGCUAGCCUCCGCCGCCGAGAGGUAUUGGUGAGAGACGACCGCGCAGUGGGAAGGAAGAGCGAGGGCAGCGAGAGGUUAGAUUAGGUUAUUACGGAAGAAAGAUAACCACGCGGGGAAACCAUGGCAAGGAGGAACCACCUGGUGGACGGCCCUCCGCGGAAGCGGCGGAAGCUAGAUCUGUUCGAAGGAACAUCGGACUCGACGGACACAGAUGAUGUAGUAUCAAAGAGGCCGUGCAAAGAUUCAGAAUUUCUUAGUGGUUUACAAGAUGAAUCUGGAAAUAAUUUAUUUAAUGAAGAAACUAAAUUUGCUAGAACUGUGGCUGGCAGAGAAGGAACAUCUUUAUUUAAUCGCUUCUUAGAUUUUUUAAUUAAGGGAGAAGGAAGAAAAUAUCUAGAAGUUCUAAAAGGAGAGGGAAUAAAUUUAUCCUAUAUGUCAAGUAUUUUAGCUAGAGCAGGCGCUAGUGCUUCUAAAGCUUUUAAAGAUUUAUAUGACUUAUGGUUUGAUGCAGAGGGAAAUAAAACACAAUAUUUAAAAACUCUAGAAAAACAAGGAAUAAAUCUAUCUAAUAUGUCUAGUAUUUUAAAUAGAGCAGGGGGUAAUGCUCCAAAAGCUUUUAAAAAUCUAUAUGACCUGUGGUUUGAUACAGAAGGAAAUAAAACACAACAUUUAAAAUCUCUAGAUAAAGAAGGAAUAAAUCUAUCUAAUAUGACCAGCAUUUUGAAUGGAGCAAGAGUAAAAGCUCCUACAGCGUUUAAAGACUUACACGACCUGUGGUUUGAUGAACAAGGAAAUAAAACACAAUACUUAAAAACUCUGGAAGAACAAGGAGUAAAUCUGUCUAAUAUGACCAGCAUUUUGAAUGGAGCGGGAGCGAAAGCUCCUACAGCAUUUAAAGACUUAUAUGAUCUAUGGUUUGAUGGACAAGGAAAUAAAACACUGUACUUAAAAACUCUGGAAGAGCAAGGAGUAAAUCUUUCUAACAUGUCUAACAUUUUGCAUGGAGCAGGAGCGAAAGCUCCCAAAGUUUUUACAGAACUAUACAGUUCUUUUUUUGAUGAACACGGAAAUAAAACGCAGUAUUUAAAAACUCUAGAAAAACAAGGGAUAAAUCUACCUAAUAUGUCCAGUAUUUUAAGUAGAACAGGAACUAGUGCUGCAAAAGCUUUUAAAGACUUAUACAAUCUGUGGUUUGAUGAACAAGGAAAUAAAACACAGUACUUAAAAACUCUAGAAAAAGAAAAAGUAGGUCUAAAUACUAUAUCUAGUAUUUUAGGUGGAGCAGGAGUGAAAGCUCCUACAGCGUUUAAAGACUUAUAUGACCUGUGGUUUGAUGGACAAGGAAAUAAAACACAAUAUUUAAAAACUUUAGAAGAACAAGGAAUAAAUCUAUCUAAUAUGUCUAAUAUUUUGCAUGGAGCAAGAAUUAAUGGUGCAAAAGCUUUUAAAGACUUAUACAAUCUGUGGUUUGAUAAACAAGGAAAUAAAACACAAUACUUAAAAAGCCUAGAAGAAGAAGGAAUAAAUCUAUCUAACGUGUCCAGCAUUUUAGGUGGCGCAGGAGCCAAUUCUGCAAAAACUUUUAAAAGCUUAUAUAAUUUUUGGUUUGAUGAACAAGGAAAUAAAACACAAUAUUUAAAAAGCCUAGAAAAAGAAGGAAUAAAUCUAUCUAAUGUGUCUAAUAUCUUGCAUGGAGCAGGGGCUAAAGCUGCAAAAGCUUUUAAAGAACUAUAUAAUGCUUUUUUUGAUGAGCAAGGAAAUAAAACGCAAUAUUUAAAAACUCUAGAAGAAGAAAAAGUGGAUCUAAAUAUUAUAUCUAGUAUUUUAGGUGGAGCAGGAGUGAAUGCUGCAAAAGCUUUUAAAGAACUAUAUAAUGCUUUUUUUGAUGAGCAAGGAAAUAAAACGCAAUAUUUAAAAACUUUAGAAAAAGAAAAAGUAGGUCUAAAUGCUAUAUCUAGUAUUUUAGGUGGAGCAGGAGUGAAUGCUGCAAAGGCUUUUAAAGAACUGUAUAAUGCUUUUUUUGAUGAGCAAGGAAAUAAAACACAGCAUUUAAAUUGUUUUAUUGAGGAAGAAGAUAAAGAAAAAAGUUUUACGGUUCGUAACUUGUCUAGUAUUUUAACUGGAGCAGGAGCAAAAGCUAAAGAUGCUUUUGAAAAAUUGUACGGUGUUUGUUUUAAUGAUAAAGGAAAAAGAACAAAACUUUUAAACGAUUUCUAUAAGGCAGGUUUUAGACCGAGUAAUUUAUCCUGUAUUUUAUGUGGAACAAGGACUCGUGUUGCGUCUGUUUUAAAAGGACUGCAUAGUCUUUGUUUUAAUGACAAAGGAAAAAGGACAAAACUUUUAGAUGAUUUUUUUAAAGCAGGUUUUAGGCCAUGUGAUUUAUGCAGUCUAUUGACUGGAGCAGUAGAUAAUUUAGAAAAACUUUAUGAUUUUUGUUUUGUAGCAGAAACAAAAAGGUAUUUACAUCGCUUCUUACGAGAAGGUUUUAGGCCUAGCAAUUUAUCUCAGAUAUUCCAUGGAGCAAGAGCUAAUAUUUGUCCUGCUUUAAAAGAUUUUCACGAUUGUUGCUUUGAUGAGAAAGGAGAGCGAACACAGCUGUUAAACGAUUUUUAUAAUGCAGGUUUUGUGGCAAGUAAUUUAUCCGAUAUAUUAACCAUGGCAGGAAAUAAUGCCACUUCUAUUUUAAGAAAUUUUCAUGAAUCUUGUUUUAAUAAAGAAAAUUAUUUAAAUCACUUCUUAACUGAAAAAAAACUUUUUAAGCCGAAACAUUUAUCUGAAAUAUUAUAUGGAACAGGUACUAAUGUUUGUCAUAUUUUUGAAAAAUUACAUGAUUUUUGUUUUGAUAAAGCAGGAAACAAAACAAAUCAUUUAAACAGUCUUAUAAAAAAAAACCUAUCAAAUAAUAUAAUUAAUAUACUAUAUAAAAAAGUUAGAAAAGCUCCUUCUACUUUUAUAGAUGAUACAUCACUUCAACAUAAUAUUAGUGGGAUAGAGGAAGAGAAAAUAAGAAAAUAUAAAUAACCUUGCAGUAGUAGACCUACCAAUUCUAAGAAAAUCAAUUCUCACGCUUGCUGGUUUUGAUUGCUGGAAAUUUUUAGUAGCAUAUGUUGUUAAAUUAACAAUAAUUUAUUUGGAAAUAACAGAAAAAUGUAUGAUAGUUUACUACAAACGUAUCUCUUCUUUUAAAUUCUGAUUCUAUUCUGGUUGGAGUAGCCAACAAUCAGACAGAACUGACAAUUAAACUUAUAUCUGCGCAGCAGUGGUUGCUGCCAAUAUACAAUAGUCCAUUAAUAUUCAAGCGUUUGAAUUAAACGAGUCCAAACAACCUGAUGUGAUAAAUAGGGGAAAUAGAUUAGCAAAUCUGCAGCUUCCAGAUGAUCUUUUUGGUCAACCCAGUCACGACGUUGCUAAUGCAAGGAACAAAGGAGUGACGUACAUUCAUCACUCGAGGUCUCAGGAAUCAUAACAUUUAUAAAAUAUUUCAAGCAAUAUUCCCGACUCCCGAUCCACAAGCCAUGCUUGAUAAAAGAACGCCCAACUUGGUCGUGUACAAGGAAAGUGGAAAGUGACAUGUACGAAAUGACCAACUCCUGGUCGGAAUAGUAUCAUCGGGCCGAAAAAAAUUUACAAGAUUCAAAAGGAACUUGACGAAAAGCGACAAAAACGAAAAGAACAGCAGCAACUGCAAGCGCAACAACAACCACCGCAGCCACCAGGUAUCUCUCAUCCCGGAUUAAGGCCAUGCGCGCCUCCCACAGCAACAAUAGCAGGUCCAACAAUAACAGCAACAGUCUUCACAAUUUCUCUCGAGCUUCAUUGACGAGAUCGUCAACAGCCCGGUGAAUCUCACCUUCAUGAACGUAAUCGCCAUCCUGGUCUACAAGAACGUUAAGAGCCACACGCGGAUCGAGGAGCCCGUGUCGGAGAUGAAGAAGCUGUCAAAGCUGCGCCGCGACUUUACGAUUGAGUAGCUGACCAAGUACGACGGCAAGAAUCCGGACGGCCGGAUACUCGUUGCCGUCAUCGCCUUGCUGAUAAAACGAGACUUUUAGACUCUAAGUAAAAACAGUAUUCUUUUUAACGCGAUGUUCUUCCUCCGUAGGAGAUAGGAAUUAUAUUUCUGGCUCAGUACAAAAGCUUUGAAUAAUGAGAGAGCACAUGAUUCAAAGCUUUUUUAUUGCACGCCUCCUUAACUUGUGAAUGCGUGACACAAAAAUUUAAAAUAAACAUUGAGGCAAUGCGACAAAAUUAUCCAAAACAGUUUUUAAAAAAACAUUUGUUUUUUACUAAAAAGAGAUACGAUUACAUUGGAAGGUUGUUAAUACCUGGCGAAGCACCGACGAGGAGGAUGACGGUAGCCAGUAGGAGACUGAGACGAAGUCAGACUGAGAUGAAGCGGAAAAAGACUGAUCAAAAUGUGACCAACGCAAAGUCAAAGAGCAAUUGACCGUAUAAUUGUACACCGGGGGCAGAACUGUUUCAGGAGUACACUACACUGUUACAGAAAUUUUUGGAAUUGUUGCUUAUGAAUAUAUUUCUGGACCGAAUAUUUUAUUACUUUGUAACAAUAAAAACUGACAUUGCAUUUAGAGUUUAGUUUUAAAUCUGCUCUGUAGAAUUGAAUCAAUUCAUAGGUUCAUGCAAUUUUCGCGAUUAAAAUGGAGCUGCUACACUACCGAAUUUUGAGAGAGGAAGAUUACAAAGCAUACAUUUUAAAGUAACACGCUCGCGAUGUUAAUCCGAUUGGCGCUAAUUCCGAGAAAGCGCUAAAUGGCUUAUAUUUACGUUAUAUUUUUAACACGCAAUCGUAUCAAAGGUGUGAUUUAAUUAUAGAAGCUUGUGGUACACCGAUUUCAGAUCUUUCUCUAACUUGCGUCGAGACAUUUACGUUCCCCGCGUAAAAGUUUUAAUUGCCGGAGCAGUCCCAGAAAACCGGAGUAUAAACGCGUGCGCGUCUUUAAUGCUUUAUUUUACACGCAUGAAAGUAACAAGAUGGAUGUAUGAAACUUCUAUGGUGCAUUUUAGCAUUGUAAAAUUUCGUCGCAAGAGAACACAAUAGGAUGUUACAUUUGCAGGUAUUCGCGUACUUCCGCGUAGCGUCGUCAUUUAAAAAAUGGUGUAUAUAAGUUUUCAUGGCUAGAUAAUAAUUUUUAACACGCUGAUUGUGACAAAUAAAGUUUUAUUACUAUUUAUAUUAAUAAAACUGAGAAAGAGUGCAAGCUCACGUAGACUUCAAUAGUUUGAAGUUAAUAUUGAUUUCGAAAUGUAUCGAUAGCUUUGCUCUUUGCAGCUAAA